ACAGAAUUUCACAGUCGUAAGAACAGCAAUCCAGACAGAAAAAAUCUUUAAAAGAUCUUUUAGAUCAAUAUUUUCUAUUAUCAGUAAUCCACCAAGUUGUGAAGUAACUAUGAUAAAGUCGAUUAUAUUAUUAUUUAUUUUCUCUUAUGGCUGUGAUACGUGUUAUGGAGUUCGAGUGUACAAAAAGUCUGAUAUCUUGAAACUCAGGGAGGAAGUACGGGAUAUGUUUCAACAUGCCUACGACAGUUACUUACGAUAUGCAUAUCCUUACGACGAGUUGAGGCCGCUGAGCUGUGAUGGCGUGGACACUUGGGGAAGUUACUCCCUCACACUCAUAGAUGCACUAGACACAUUAGCCAUCAUGGGGAACUAUACAGAGUUCAACAGAGUUGUUGAUAUAGUACUACAGAAGAAGAACUUUGAUGCAGAUAUUAAUGUAUCAGUGUUUGAAACUAAUAUUAGAAUUAUUGGAGGACUGUUGAGUGCUCAUCUGCUCUCCCAUAAAACGGGCAUGAAGUUAGAACCAGGCUGGCCCUGUAAUGGCCCACUACUGAGACUGGCAGAGGAUGUAGCUCAAAGAUUAAUAGCUGCUUUUGACACCACAACUGGUAUGCCUUACGGUACUAUAAACCUGAGGUCUGGAGUGCCACCGGGAGAGACCAGCGUCACAUGCACCGCUGGAGUUGGAACAUUUAUUAUAGAAUUUGGAACAUUAAGUCGGUUAACUGGAGAUCCUUUAUAUGAAGAGAUAGCCUACAAUGCUCUCCAAGCAUUAUACCAUCACAAAUCACCAAUAGGACUAGUUGGUAAUCACAUAGAUGUAAUGACGGGCAGAUGGACAGCACAAGAUGCUGGUAUUGGAGGUGGUGUUGACUCUUAUUAUGAGUAUUUAGUUAAAGGUUCUAUUCUAUUAGAGAGACCAGAACUGAUGUCAAUGUUUGUGGAAGCGCGGGAAGCCAUAGAGAAGUACUUGAAGAAAGACGACUGGUUCGUUUGGGCGACGAUGUUGCGAGGACAUGUUACAUUACCUGUAUUCCAGUCUCUCGAGUCCUACUGGCCCGGUGUCCUAAGCCUUGUAGGUGAAAGCGACACAGCAAUGCGUAUAAUACACAACUACCACAGCGUAUGGAGGCAAUAUGGAUUCACGCCCGAGGUAUACAACCUCGGCACUGGCGAAGCUUCCUCGUCAAGAGAGAGCUACCCCUUACGCCCGGAACUUAUUGAGUCGAUAAUGUACUUGUACAGAGAUACUAGAGAUCCAAUACUGCUGCAGAUGGGCGAAGAUAUUCUUAGGAGUAUACAGCAUUCAGCAAGGACGCCUUGCGGUUAUGCUACGAUCAAAGACGUACGUGACCACCGCAAAGAGGACCGUAUGGAGUCAUUCUUCCUCGCCGAAACAACGAAGUACUUGUACUUAUUAUUUGACCCGGAUAACUUUAUUCACAACCCCGGCGUACACGGCACGGUUAUCAACACGCCUAACGGAGAAUGUGUGGUGGAUAUGGGUGGCUAUAUCUUCAAUACAGAGGCUCACCCAAUUGAUCCAACGAUGCUUUACUGUUGCCACGAAGCCAGACAAGGCAUUAACAUAAGUGAAGUUCACAGAAUGUACCAAAUUCUAGAAGAAGAAGACAAUAUAAAAUUCAUGACAACGAUUGAAGGUUCUACUAAGAACAAUGUAGCAAAUAAAACUGUUGAAACCCCUAAAUCGGAGGCAGAACCCAAUGCAUCGGAAGAUGCUAAAACUGGUACUGUUGAAAAAAUUGAUCAGAACCAAGUUUUAAUUAAGACUGAAACAAGGACGGGUUACGUCAAUAUUGAUGGAACUGAGAGAGAGAAAACAAAGAAUGAAUCUAGUCUAAGUGAUAUAGUUAAAGAACGUAUCAAUAACUACUAUAAUAACAGUGGUACAAAUCAAGAAUCCAGUGAUGACGUAGCGUUCUCAACAGAUAAUAAUACGCCAACGACACAAUUCGACGUUGAUGAUAUCAUUGUCCCACAAAAUCCAGAGCCAUUACAAACACCCAGCGAAACUAAAGCAAAGGAAACUUUUAAAAUAUUACCAAAGGUUAUCCAAGACUUUUUGAACAGCGACUGGAAAUCUAAGACUAAAUGUGAACCGCAACACAUGUUGGAGAGAAUACGUAAAGAGAAGAGGUACCCACCUCAUCCGGAUGUCGGCAAAUAUGAGUUGUUAUUAACCCCAGCACCCUCUUUUCUGCAGAGGAUAUCGUUAGCUGGCGAAUUUCUAAACAAAAAGCAAUUAGAAAUGUAAUUAUUUGUUAUUUUUUUAAAUUAAAGAAUGUCUGUAACAUUCUCUUCAAAUCUCACGAUACUUCAUUCCUUAUUUUUUUGUAAUUGGAAGUGUGUGGUAGAUACCUAUUUCAUUCCACAUUACCUUUUAUUUAUUUGUUAAGCAUUCUGUGUUAGUUGAUACAGUAAAGUUUAAGCUGUUACUA